AUGUCCUCCAACGACGAUGUCGACGCAUGGAUCGCUCAGUUGAUGCAAUGCAAGCCUCUGAGCGAACCGGAAGUGAAGAAGCUGUGCGAUAAGGCAAGAGAAGUAUUGAUGGAAGAAUCAAAUGUUCAACCUGUACGGUGUCCCGUAACAGUUUGUGGAGAUAUCCAUGGACAGUUUCACGAUCUUUCAGAACUAUUCCGAAUUGGAGGUAAUUCCCCCGAUACCAACUACCUCUUCAUGGGCGAUUACGUCGACCGAGGUUAUUAUUCUGUCGAAACGGUCACUCUCCUCGUCGCGUUGAAGUUGAGAUACAGAGAUCGAGUGACGAUCCUCAGAGGGAAUCACGAAUCUAGACAGAUCACUCAAGUGUAUGGAUUUUACGAUGAAUGUCUUAGGAAAUAUGGGAAUGCGAAUGUAUGGAAAUUCUUCACGGAUUUGUUCGAUUAUCUACCAUUAACGGCUUUGAUCGAUAAUCAAAUCUUCUGUCUUCACGGUGGUCUCUCGCCAUCUAUUGAUACACUCGAUCACAUCCGAUCCAUCGACCGUAUCCAAGAAGUACCCCACGAGGGCCCAAUGUGCGACUUGCUCUGGUCAGAUCCUGAUGAUAGAUGCGGUUGGGGUAUAAGUCCAAGAGGUGCAGGAUACACUUUCGGUCAAGAUAUUUCAGAGGCAUUCAACCACAAUAACGGCUUAACGUUGGUGGCCCGAGCACAUCAACUGGUCAUGGAAGGUUUCUCGUGGUCACAAGAACGAAAUGUCGUUACCAUCUUCUCAGCACCAAAUUACUGCUAUAGAUGUGGAAACCAAGCUGCUAUAUUAGAAGUUGAUGAUGCCUUGAAAUACACCUUCCUACAAUUCGACCCAGCACCUAGAGCAGGUGAACCUCUUGUAUCACGAAGACCACCAGAUUAUGUGAGUUGUGCAUCGCACUCCCAUUCCAUCGUGUUCGAUGUCUGA